GCUCUGUCAGAAACGCUGAGGGAGAGAGCGAGAGGAAGCGAGAGGCAGAGUGGGCUCACUGAAAACGAGACCCCAGUGCGCUGCUAAAAGCGCCUUUCUGUCACUUCACCUUUUUUUUUUCUUUCUGCCAUGUCGUUUAUGGGCUAUGUCCAAUCGUUGUGGGGCCCCUCCGCUGCCUCGGCGUCCUCUUCCUCGAGCGGAGGUGGUGGCCUCUUUUCGUCCCCCGCUGUGUCGUCUUCGGCGGUACGCAGCAGCAGCUGCAGCGGUGGCUCGGCCCAGUACAUCGGCAGCGGUGUGUGGCCCCUGUCUCCUCAGGUGCGGGAGGAGAUGAAAAAAGGGACGCGGUACAACAUGAAGGUGCUUCUCCGCGGCACCAAAGGCACGGGCAAAAGCACCCUGCUGGCUCGUCUGACCGGGCACCCCCUGCCCCUCUCCUACACGCCUUCCACCGAGUUGAUCGCCUCCACGAUGCGGCUGCAAGGCGAGCACUGCGCCCCGCACGAGGGCACCAAAGUCGAUAUUUGGGAGGUAGUGGAGGAGGGCCGGCAGCGGUCGGCGUCAUCGUCGUCGCCCAACGCGACGGCGAAGGCGGCACACCACAUCCCAUCAGCGCAGCUGCAGGAGGCACUGCGGAUGGCGGCAGACACCCGCUUACUGGAUGUGUAUGCCGGUGCUCACCUCACCAUCUUCAUGAUCGAUCCGCGCCAGCGCGCUUCGUGGGAGUACGCGAAGCAGGAGACACUGCACGUGCCGCCGACCUGCUGCGUCCUCUACGCCCUCAACUUCUCGGACGCGACAAGCGCAGCGAUUACCGCGAACGUGCCGUUGGCGGAGGUGCAGGCGUGGCGUGGUCGUGUCCGGCGGGCCACCACCAGUGUGGUCCAUCGCAUGCUGGAGGGUCGGCAGGCCUCCGAGGAGUUCUCCGUGCAGCCCAUGACGGCGGUGCUGAGCGCACUCUCAGGGGCGGGCAUUAUGGGUGUCAUCCGCGCACUUCACGUGGCGAGCACAUUGCUGCGCAUCGCGACGGAGGAGGUGCGCGUUGUGCGUCUGUUUCAGCUUUUGGCGCGGCAACAGUCCGUCUCGAUCGACAACGCUGCACCGCAGCCAAAUCCCACACCAACACUAGCGCCAACAGGGGGCGCCGGGGCGGGUGAGCAACAGACAACAAGCGCGGACGAUGUUUCCGUGAAGCAAUCCACUGGAGAUCCUCGUCAGUUAAGUACCCACAGUGGCUUUAACCAGCCCGGUGGCCACCCACCCGCAGCUCUUCAGCUGCCACCGGGAGUCGACGGUACGACUGCCCUUCGUAUGGAGCACCGCGGCACGUCGUCGUCAUCGGUGGUGUUGGGCGACCCGCCUCCGCUUUUAGACUCGCACUCCAACGGAGCCUCCCUGCGUCCGCUGACGGAAGCGGAAGCCAUGAAGCUUUUUCUAGGCAGCGGCAGCAGCGGCGAGUCGAACGGCUCUGGUCGUUCCUCUUCCUCCUCUUCCUCUUCUUUUACCGCUGGGCCUUCUUCUCAUGGCGGCGCAGGGACACCGCACACGCCCCGGGGCGUAGUCAGUGCCCGUCA